UUGGUCAUUUGGCUAUUUUGGCAUAGACCUUUACGGUUAUUUUGAUUUUGAUCCAUCUGAAAAAAAGAUUUGUUUGAGUUCGAAAUAUGGCAAAUGAAGACCGAUAUCUUCCAUCGUGGAUGACAGAAAAACRGGUUAUAAAAAAAACAAAAGAGUUUGUGCAGUUUGAAGGACAAAUUAAACAGUGCAUAUAUCCAAAUAUUUUAGCAUCAUAUGCAGAAGAAAUUUUGACUAAAAUUGAAUCUAGUGAGAUGUAUGAAGUUGUAUAUGGCUUUGAUAUGGAAUGGCCAGUAACUUUUGACAGAAAAUCGAAAAAAACUGCUCUUAUACAAAUUUGCACUGACCACAACACGUGUUAUUUACUCCAUGUAUAUCAUAUCAUAAAUCUUCCGUCAAUAUUUGUGAAGCUCAUUAAUCAUCCAAGAGUUAGAUGGUCAGGUGUAUUUAUUAAAAAUGAUUUUUCAAAGCUUGCAAGGGAUUUUGACAUUGAUGUUACUGGUGCUUUAAAUUGUAUUAUCGAUUUAGGUACUUACACGAACAAAGUUUUGAAUUUUGAAUUGUCUACAAGAUGGAGUAUGGCCAAUUUAGUUCAACAUUUACUUAAAAAAGAUAUAAAUAAAGACUCAAAUGUUCGUAUUAGCAAUUGGGAAAACACAGAUUUAGAUCAAAAUCAAUGUAUGUAUGCAGCAACUGAUGCUUUUGUAUCUUUAAUAUUGUAUGAACAUCUAAAAAGAAUUGAUAAAGAAAAUGAACUCCAGAUUAAUUAAAUUAUUAAAAUUAGGGCAAAUGAGUUAUGAUUCAUGUCUUAAAUUGCAAAUCCAUUUGUCAGAAUCUUUAAAAACAACAGCCAUUGACAAA